AAACAAGUGCAACGUUUACAUUUGACGUGUCAAACAAUGUUGACUGUUGAUAAUAAAAAGUCCCUUGGGCACGUACGUCAGCCCUCUGACACUCAAGCUUUUCGAGAGAGAACGAAAAGGGAUGCUGAGAGCGAGAUGCAGUUCGAAUUAAAUCGUCUUGAAGCAACAGCUCCGGGGCAUCUACGAGAUCGCAUAAAAUUAGAACUAGAUGGAUUCCAAAAACUAUUUCAGAAGUUCCUUCAGGAUCAAGGACCUUCGGUUGUAUGGGAUCAAAUUCAAAAGUUACCUGAAGGAGCGAUCAGAGAUUAUGAUUCUCUGGUAGAGCCAAGCUACGAAGAAAUUCGUACUAUGUUAAAUAAAUUGAUAGUCGUUAAAUUAAAUGGAGGCUUAGGGACCAGCAUGGGAUGCCACGGACCAAAAUCGUCAAUCACUGUACGGAAUGAUCUCACUUUUUUAGAUCUUACAGUACAGCAAAUUGAACAUUUGAAUAGAGAAUAUAAUGUGAGCGUACCAUUAAUUUUAAUGAAUUCCUUCAACACGGAUGAUGAAACACAAAGAAUUAUCAGAAAAUACAAAGGAAUUGAUGUUAUCGUUAAAACUUUUAAUCAAAGCUGCUUCCCUCGUAUCAGUAGAGAGUCUCUACUGCCUAUAGCUAAAAAUUGUGAUGUCGAUGACGAUAUGGAGUCAUGGUAUCCUCCGGGACACGGUGACUUUUAUGAGAGCUUCCAUCGAUCAGGUUUACUGGAUGAAUUCAUACAUGCUGGACGUGAAUACUGUUUCAUUUCAAAUAUUGAUAAUUUAGGAGCAACAGUAGAUAAUAAAAUUUUGAAACUAGUCCUUGAACCGAUGAACGGCCCCCAUGAAUUUUUACGUCUUCUGGAAAUAGCACAAGUACCUAAAGAAAAUAUAGAUGAAUUUAAAUCUGUUAAGACUUUCAAAUUUUUCAAUACUAACAAUCUAUGGGCCAAACUUAGUGCCAUCCGCCGAAUAUUGACUGAAAAAACGUUGGAUAUGGAAAUAAUAGUUAAUCCAAAGGAAGUUGAAGGUGGACUUAAUGUUAUUCAAUUGGAAACUGCUGUAGGUGCAGCUAUGAAAUCAUUUGAUGGAAGUAUAGGUAUCCAUGUGCCACGAAGAAGAUUUUUGCCUGUUAAAAAAACAUCUGAUUUAUUACUUGUCAAAAGUAAUUUGUAUGAUUUUCGUAAUGGAUCUUUGUUAAUGAGCCCUAAGAGAAUGUUUCCCGUUACGCCACUUAUUAAAUUAGGUGACAAUCAUUUUGCCAAGGUAGCAGAAUUUUUACGGCGAUUUGCCAGUAUUCCUGAUUUGCUAGAACUGGACCAUCUAACUGUUUCCGGAGACGUAACAUUUGGUCGCGGUGUAUCACUGCGUGGUACAGUAAUUAUAAUUGCUAAUCACGGAGAACGUAUUGAUUUACCGUCAGGUACUAUAUUAGAAAAUAAAAUAGUAUCAGUGUCUUUGGUUAUCCUGGACUCAGUCUGUCCCUCUUCAAUUUUAAUAAGAGGAAUCGGAUCAGCAGUUCCGGAAGGACUCGUAGAACGACCAGGAUACUCGGGAUUGGAGUGCUGUCGUUGA